UCGGGAGAGUAGAAAUACUUGAUUAACGUUAAUUUGUUGGGUUGAUAAGGACCUAAGCGUUCGCGUGAGCUGUUCAGUCUGAAUAUUAAAGGAAUGGUGUGUGUUUUCCGAUAGGUGUUUGCAUUUUCUUUCUCAGAAGUAAGUCAAUUGUCCUGUUGAGUCUGAUGGAGUUGGAGAACCAGUGGUGGAAAGGACAAGUGGCUGCCGAUGUUCACCAGGCACUGCGCAUCAAGGAGCUGAAACUAUUACCCUACAAGAGCCGUUCUCCGCAGUUGAAUGUCCGCCGAUAUUUUGCAGAUCUUCUUUCAAUUAUCUGCAAUCAUUUUCAUCUUUGCCCCACUGCUCGUCAUCUGGCCGUUUAUCUUCUAGAUUUAUUUAUGGACCGUUAUGAUAUUUCUGUGCAGCAGUUGCACCAGGUGGCACUCUCCUGUUUAAUUUUAGCAAGCAAGUUUGAGGAAAAAGAAGAGCGUGUACCCAAACUUGAGCAACUCAACAGCCUCAGUUGUAUGACCAGUAUGAAUUUGGUGUUAAACAAACAUACCUUGUUGCAUCUGGAACUCUUAUUACUGGAAUCCUUCCAGUGGAACCUCUGUCUGCCAACUGCUGCCCACUUUAUUGAUUACUACCUCUCCAUUGCUGUGCAUGAGACUGAUCUUCAUGAUGGAUGGCCUUUGUUUUACUUGGAGAAGACCAAGUUAUACACCAAAAAGUACUCUUCCUACUUUCUGGAAGUGUCGUUACAGGAUCAUGGCUUUCUAAAUUACUUCCCUUCAGUAGUUGCUGCUGCUUGCAUAGCAGCAUCUCGAGUUGUUCUCAAACUCUCCCCUUUAUGGCCUGUGCGACUACAUCAUCUAACUGCUUAUGCAUGGGAAAUGCUGUUACCUUGCGUCAAACAUCUGUUGAUUGCUCAUAACAAUGAUGUAAAAGAAGCCAGCAAACAUGAAGGUGAUCAAUCAGUUCUGCAAAUUGGACAGACAACUUCCACAAAUGAUUCCACAUCUUCCUCCCAAACUAGGACUGAAAGUUUGACUCCAUCGUUUUACUACAACCAUUUGCAUCUGCUACAGUGUUCCCAUCAACAGCCAUUGCAGCUGAAUUGCCAGAGCACUUUUACAACUGGGCAGACAUCAAGAUAUAUAAUACUAUCAAAUCCUUCCAACAUCCAAGCCAAUCCUUCAGCUCAUGGACCCAUGAAAACUAAUGGCACUAGUUUAUAG